UCGGUAAGCAUCUGGCUAAGAAAACGCUCCGAGGCGAUCCCUUUUUCGAGAAGUUGUAAAGGACUUUGUCCCACGAGUGAUUCGAACCCGGGCGAAAUUCAAACCAGACCCUAAUCUGGUUGGACGCCAUAAAAUUCGGCCGCGUCGGUGCUAAGCAAAUAGUAUUUUUGUGAUAUCAUAAUGCCCAGCCAGAGUCGUGUGAUAAGUGAAUAAACUCACCUGGGAUAAAGCCAAUAGAGCGCGAACUGAGUAACACAAUUCACGCAAUUUGUGGUACAAAAUCAACAACAACUUCCGCAUAGCAAUUCCAUAACUCCCAAAAAUAUUCAAUAAUAAAAAUCAUUCCCCAGCAAAAAAAUAGAGAAUUUUGGCGAGCAACAAUCGGAAUUAAAACAAUAACCGUAAAUUGAAUAGCGUAAGCCAUAAUUAUGACCAAAUGAGCCGCUGGCCCGCAGCAAAACCAACAACAAUAAAAUCUAAAAUACGAGAAAGAGCCACCAGCAACCACGAAAUGCGGCUUAUUAACAGGAGAUUAACAGCCACGCAGAUGUUAACAGCAGCCUUAGCAGUGCUGCUACAGUUUGCGAGUCAUGCCAGUGGAGCUCAAACUGUAAAUCUGUCAGCAGAAAAUACCAUAUGCCUGUACCAAGAACACAACACCACCUACCGCAAGGAGCUUGGAGCUGUAUGGUUUGAGGCCAAAGAUCCUUGUUUGGUUUACUCCUGUGCCGCAGGUGUGGCCAAGGAUCCGCAGGCUCACAUUGUGGUUACCCAGGUUGAUUGCAAUGAGUUCUACUGCGAAGUGGGUUCUGAGCUUCGCAGUGCCGAAGGCAGCUGCUGUGGGGAAUGUGUAAGGACCCACUGCCAGCACAACCAUACCCUCUAUGCUGUUGGAGAGUCCUGGCAUAACGAUGCCGACUGCACUCUCCUCGAGUGUGGACGCCUGGAGAAUGGCCAGAUCAUCAUUAACACCUACAAGAGAAGUUGCCAGCCACUGACAGAAGACUGCCCUGCCUCGAGGCUUGAGAAUAAGAACUGCUGUCCCUACUGUAGACCCCAGAAAGCGUCGAGGAUUGAAGACCUACAGGAAGAUGAGGCUGAAUCCUCGGAUGAUAUAUGGACAGCUGAGUGGUAUCGCCAGCAUCCCUGCAACCGGGACUGCCAGGUGGGAGCCAAGUCCAUGACCUGUCACUACACAUUCGUGGUAGAAUGGUAUCAGACCUUCUCGAAGGCCUGCUACGACUGUCCCCGAAACCUCACCGACUGCUCCCGGCCGCACUGCAUCAUGGGCGAUGGCUUGGAGCGGAGCAUAACUGUGGUGAAUCGCAUGAUGCCUGGACCGUCGAUCGAGGUCUGCGAGGGCGAUCAGAUCGUGGUGGACGUGAAGAACCAUCUGCUGGGGGAGAGCACCUCCAUCCACUGGCAUGGACUGCACCAGAAGAAAACGCCCUACAUGGACGGGGUGCCGCACAUCACUCAGUGUCCGAUUACCCCGCACGCCAGCUUCAGGUACUCCUUCCCUGCCGAUCUCUCCGGCACACAUUUCUGGCACUCGCACACCGGCAUGCAGCGCGGAGAUGGUGUCUUUGGUGCCCUGAUCAUUCGGAAGCCCAAGAUAGCCGAGCCCCACGGCAGCCUUUACGAUUUCGAUCUGAGCGAACAUGUGAUGACGGUCCAGGACUGGAUACACGAUACGGGUGCCAGCAUAUUCUCCUUCCACCACCACUCCCGAGGCGACAACAAGCCCCACAAUCUGCUCGUCAACGGAAGGGGACGUUACUACAACCGCAUUUGGGCGGAGGCCAAGCAGGUUCAUCGAAGAACUGAGGAGAGGACAACGCAGCCCCUGGAUCCUCUGCCCAAGUCCCAGGUGGAUUUCGUUCAGACUCUGCCGCGUCAAGCGCGUCUGGCGAGGAGCAACAGCACCAAGCUCUUCCCCGUACAUUCGCGCCAGAAGAGGGGCAACCUCAACGAGAUUCCGCUAGAACUCGUUCCUCAUCAGGUUUAUAAUGUGAGAAGGGGCUUCCGCUACCGCUUCAGGAUUAUAAAUGCGGAGUACCUCAACUGCCCAAUUGUGGUUUCGGUGGAUGGUCACAACCUAACGGCGAUCAACUCGGAUGGCUUCGACAUCGAGGCAAUGGAGGUGGGCUCGAUUGUUACCUAUUCCGGUGAGCGAUUUGAUUUUGUGCUGAAUGCCAACAUGGAGGUGGGCAACUAUUGGGUCCGCCUCAAGGGCUUAAUGGACUGCAGCGAGGUUUUCACCUCUGCCUUCCAAGUGGCCAUCCUCCGCUAUGAGGGUGCUCCCGAUGAAGAGCCCACGGCGGCAUUGAGUUACGCCCACAAGGCCGAGGGCAUCGAGCUGAAUGUGAUGAACCGCGGUCCUGGGUAUCCGGACACCAAGACCGUGGCCGAAAUGAGGGCCCUGCCCAUCUACGAUCACGUGUCGGGGAUUGAUCACGAUACCCUCAAGCCGGAGGCCGACUACAAGUUCUUCAUAUACUAUGACUUUUACACGAAGAACAAUCCCGACUUCCAUGACAAGGACCUGUAUGCCAUGGACAUGGAGAUGACGCAGCAGAACCGCCUUUAUACACCCCAGCUGAAUCACAUAACCCUGAAGUUUCCGGCUAUGGCACUGCUUCCCUCGAGGAGCCAACUGAAGGACUCGGACUUUUGCAACGAAACCAGUCUGGCGGAACAGGGCAUCGACUGUCGAACGCAGUUUUGCAAGUGUCACCACGUCCUCCAGGUGCCCCUGGGUGCAGUCGUCGAGCUGAUCAUCGUGGACGAGGGCUUCCAGUACUAUGCCAAUCAUCCCUUCCACUUGCACGGCAAUGCCUUCAGGGUCAUGGGAUUGGAGCGACUGGGCGAGAAUGUAACCAUUGAAAUGAUCAAACAACUCGAUCAGUUCAAUUUGCUCAAACGAAACCUCGUGAAUCCUCCAGUUAAAGAUACGGUGACCAUACCAGAUGGCGGUUACACCAUCAUCCGAUUUGAGGCCUCCAAUCCCGGCUAUUGGCUCUUUCACUGUCACAUCGAGUUUCAUGCUGAGAUCGGCAUGGCUUUGGUCUUCAAGGUGGGCAACGAUGAUCAAAUGGUUCCGGUGCCUGAUAAUUUCCCCACCUGCGGCGACUACAAUCCAGAUUUGAAAUCGGAUGGUGAGGUAACGGAAGACAACGCCAAACCCACAACUGGGACCCCAUCAAAUACAGGAGGCGGAGGUUCAGGAUUGGAAUCUAGUAUAAUAACUUUGAUCGUUGGUCUUCUGCUGUUAAAGUUCCAUUAAAAGAGGCGAAGAACCCUUGAGAAAGAGAGCACAACCCCAAACUUGCCAAAUUAUAACUUAGAGAUUAUUUAUUGAAGACAAGUGGAUUCCUGCAUUUGUAUAUAUUCCAUAGCAUCGUUUGUAGCCUAAACAUCUGUGAUUGUCUAAGAAAGUGUUUUUAAAUAAGCUCUUUGAAACCAUAAUAAAUGUACGUUAAU